GUGUGGCAGUUUUCACAGCCAAAUAGAUUAUCACAUUCAGUUGUCCAUUGGAAUUAAGCAUCCCGACACACAAAAACUUCCAUUCUUGAAGCAUAGCGUACAUACGUAUGUAUACGUACGUAUGUACAUACAUAUUUGCGUACAGCCGUUGCAGUCACCAAGUCAUCAGUGAAUUAGGCAAGCAAAUACAUAAUAAUAAUAUCCAAGAACUGAUUUGGUCUUCAUUUGUCCAACACUUCCAAAACCUUCAGUUCCUCAGUUUUCAUACACAACGGUGGUACGCAAAUUUAAUGCAUGUCAUACUUCUUCAGCCUGUUCUCUUGUGAAACAAGUGUAUUUAAUACCAUCAUGAACAUUACAUUACAAGAAAUAAUAAUAAUUGUGUCGCUAUGAAGCAGUUACAUUUUACUCUUUCACUACAUUCGUGGCGUUUGAAUAACUUGCUAAAUCAGUGAUUCCACUUUAAGCGUACAUACAUAAGUGGCAGUGCUCAACGACUGUUCAAUUCAAACAUAGUGGUUGUGUUGCUACCUAAUUUCGUACAAUGUAUGCGGUUAAUAGAGUUAUAUAACUAUCGUCAAUGGUGCAAUUGUUAGUUGAGGUGAUGGGGAACAUUCAUGUAUAAAAAUAGCUACCUCCAUUUUAACAAUCUACAAGAUGCAGAUGUAAUUCCCACAAAAAAUUGCGUCGACCCUGAAAUCAUAUCUUGAGGCAAUUCUUUCACAAGCACCAGAAUAAGUGUCAUUAGAUUUGCUGCCUGCAAAAUCCUCAUUCCUCUUCCGAAUGGUUUCCAACAAUAAACUCCAACAUAGAAAUUUCGCAUCACCUGAACUCGUCUUGCUCACUGAAUGACAGGAAGUGACAGGUCUCAUUUAUAAUACGAUGCUGCUACAAAAUACGUCAAUGAGUGAUCUUUGUAUUCUUCUUCGUGUUCUAUAAAACCCAAUUAAUGUGAACUCGUUCACACUCGCAAGAGCAACGAGAUGAUUAGCAGUUGCUGAUUAAUAUAACCCCAACAACGCAGAACUUCAUCUUUUGUAGCGAGUUCCUCUCGACUGGAAAGCAAUAUUGCAAAAAUACAAUCGAGGGUGUUUUUUUUGUUCCUAGAGCUUGAACAUGUUAAAAUAAGACACCACGGCCAAACUGUUGAGUUCCUUACUUCACGCAAUAUAGUUAGUCCUUAAAAUCUAAAUAUACACACCAUUCACAUCAUUAUUAUACAAGAAAGAGUUCAACAGUAACUGUGAUGUUGCUUGAGCAUCAGUAGUCGAGAAAAGCCAGUCAGGAACAGUAUGUGUUGCGUAUAUUACUAUGUACUUUUGAUGCACACCAAGCAAACCUAACCAAACCCAGUUAGUUGCAGUUUGGAAAGUGGCAAUAAACCAUGAUUCCUCUUCUGCAGAUGUACUAUAUUUACCAUUCAACAGAACCUAAUUCAGUGUCAAAAUCUGUGCUACUUGAUCAGGUAGCAGUUUAACCUUUGAAAACGCGACAUAUUUCGUCUUUGCAAAAGUGAAAGCUUCGGUUCCUUAAAAAAACAUCGCAUUCAGGGACAACAUUCUUGUGGAAUGAGCCCUAAUAAACGCCACCAAAUGCAUGUGCGGGUGAAAGUCCUACCACACUCGUUGUACAUUGCACAUCAUGCUUUCAAGAACUAUCAAUGUGAUACUUAAGCUACAAAGUGAUCAAGUGACCUCAGUCGUAGCGUGAAAAUAUCAUCGUCACAAGUGGACUGCAGCCUAAAAAGUGAUCUUGCGUAGACUUAUUGGUAGUUCAUACUGAAAUUUUUAGAAUCAUCGUUGACGCACAUAUGUAGCAUUCGAAAUCGUGGUGUAGUGGUAUUUUAUAGUAACGUGCAUACUGCGUAAUUCAGACAGUAACUGAAAUAUGCAAGGUGUGGCCUGACGAAAAUAAAAUUUUACUAAAUAAAUAAAUACACAUAAUUUGCCGAAAUCAUAUAUGAUCCCAAUAAAAACAGAACUCUGCAAAACAAAUUUCCAGGAAAAUGCCAAGAAAAAAUAUCUCAAUUUCGAUACGAAAUUGAGCAAAAAAAAUUGUGCACAAUAAAUCAAUAUAAAUAUAACAACAUUAUUAUUACACAAGAGUUGAAUUGCAAAAAUUGCCAGUGACGUGAAUGGGUAUUGAAAGGGAUUUUAGUAUGCUGAGAAUGCCGGAAAAUAUCCUAAAUUGUGGUUUGGAGAUUCGGGGGGAUUCUGACCAAAGCAACCCAAUGUUACUACGAAGGGUGUGCCCAACUAGUGAAAGUAGCGGCGGCCCUUCGAUGAACGGAGUCAUUCCCGAGUUCCACAUGAUGGACCCCUUGCUGCAAGACCACGCAUUCCAACAGCAACUUCUCCAGUUGAAACAAGAACAAGAACUCCAACAUCAGCUCUUGCUGCAGAGUUACCAAGCUCAGCGACAGAAGCUGGCGGAGGCUCAUGAAAAACAGCUUGCCCAAAGACUAAAGGAGUUCUGGGAAAAUAAACGUCGUCAGGAUGAAGAAAGGGACAAAUUGGAGGCGUUGAAAAAUAAGGACAAGAAUGAGCAGAGCGCGAUCGCCUCGUCGGAAGUGAAACAGAAACUUCAGGGCUUUCUCCUGAACAAGAAACAACGGGAAGCGGCGGCUUAUGGGGCUGCAGGAACCCCAACACCAGGUCAACCAGGACCAUUUCCAUCACAUCCGUAUCGUCGUCCAAUGUUGAUGGCGAAAUACGAAGAUGACUUUCCCCUCAGGAAGACAGCAUCUGAACCUAACAUAACCUUACUGAAAAUGAGACUAAAGCAAAGAGUUUUGGAGCGUCGCAGUAGUCCUUUGGUUCGUCGAAAAGAGCGCUCACACAUUAAACGUCGUUCGUAUCUCGCAAUGGAUGGAAGUGGUAGUGCGGGAUCAACGCCUGAUUCAGGACCGAAUUCACCUCCAAUUAACUGUGGAAUUGUGGGCACACCACAAUCAGGAAGUGGUGGGGGCACACCUCAGCAUGAUGACAGUGGAGGAAGCGGAGGGUCACCUUAUGGACAUUCAGCAUACGGCCCAACAAACAGCGUGUGCGACUUAACACUCUACAGCAGCCCUUCACUUCCCAACAUUUCUUUGGGGGCGAGAGUGCCCCACUCCCUCACUUUGGGAAGACCAAUUCCUCCAAACUCUCAGGAAAGUAAGUUGGCUGCUGUGUCGGAGACUGAAGUACGCUGCCCGAUUCCACCCCUUUCAGUACAGUCAGGCAAUGGUCCAUUAAUGCCAAUGCCGUUUUACCCACCUCCAAAUCUUCCCAUGGACCCUGCCGAGCUUGAAGCUUUGUAUCAAUCUGGCGGAAUGAUGGCGUUGACCACAUACCAGGCUCAAGCAUUGAAUGCUGCUAGUCAGGCACAAGCAGAACAACUUGCACAACAGCAGGACCCUCAGAGGGUGGGACCAGGACGUACAAUCCAUCACAGACCCCUUGGACGAACUCAAUCUGCACCUCUGCCACUUGGUCAUCCUAUGCUGGUCAUGAACAGUGUUGGAAUGGUAAAUGGAAUCACAGGAUCACAAAUUCCUGGCAAUCCAAACAUGAAUCAACCACCCACAACUCAUCAAUUGUUGAGAAAUGCAAUUCGCCAAACUGUAUUAACCAGAGCUGGGUCUCGGGGUGCGGUGCUUGGAUCUCUUAGCAGGACUGUUAGCGUUGAAGAAGACUCUGGCGAAGGGGAGGGCGAGGUUGACGAACAAACUCAGCACAUUCAGCAACAACAGGCCAGAAGCGCUUACGUGAAUCGAAUGGUUCAGCAACACCUAUUGAAGCAUCAACAACCACCUGUCCCUGAAGGUUCUACUAACAUUCCUGGCGGCACCAAUGUCGUAUCCGCCAUUCCUCAAAGACUCCAUCACACCGUCAGACCCCUUUCUAGGGCUUUAUCUAGUCCCCUGGUUGCACUAGGCUCACCAGGUUCACCCCAGGAUGUAUUACAACAAACAAUGUCUGCAAAGCCUGGUGGCACUGGAUUAGCGUUUGAUAACAUCAUGCUAAAACAUCAGUGUUUGUGCGGGGAUAACUCUCAGCAUCCUGAACAUGCUGGCCGUCUUCAGAGCAUUUGGGCAAGACUUCAGGAAACGGGACUUAUUGGAAUGUGUGAACGAAUUCGAACAAGGAAAGCAACUUUGGAGGAAAUUCAGGUGGUCCACAGCGAGGCUCAUACUUUAUUAUUUGGUACAAAUCCGUUGAGUCGUCAGCGUUUGGAAUUGAGUCGUUUCCCCGAAUCGAGCCUCCCAAUUAAGAGUUUGGUUCGAUUGCCGUGCAAUGGAAUUGGCGUGGACUCUGAUACUGCGUGGAAUGAAAUUCAUACUCCUGCGGCUGCUAGAAUGGCAGUUGGUUGUGUCAUGGAAUUAGCUUUCAGGGUUGCAGCCGGAGAACUCCGCAAUGGAUUCGCAAUCGUUAGACCACCAGGCCAUCAUGCUGAACCUGUGCAGGCAAUGGGUUUUUGUUUCUUCAAUGCGGUGGCUAUUACUGCAAAAUUACUCCGAGCAAGAUUUCAACUUGAGAAAAUCAUGAUUGUUGAUUGGGACGUUCAUCACGGGAACGGAACUCAGCAAAUUUUCUACGACGAUCCUCAUGUUUUAUACAUGUCUAUCCAUCGGCAUGAUGAUGGUAAUUUUUUUCCUGGGACCGGUGCUGUGACUGAGUGUGGACAUGAAGAUGGAAUGGGCUUCACCGUUAACAUACCGUGGAGUGGAGGUUUAAAUCCUCCAAUGGGGGAUGCAGAGUACAUGGCAGCUUUCCGAUCGGUGGUGAUGCCGAUCGCUAAUGACUUUCAACCUGACGUUAUCUUAGUAUCAUGCGGUUUUGAUGCUGCUGCAGGCCAUCCAGCCCCGUUGGGUGGGUACAAAGUGACGCCGGCUUGCUUUGGUUGGAUGGUCCAACAGUUAAUGACUGUUGGACAUGGUAAAGUUGUACUGGCAUUAGAAGGUGGCUACGAUCUUCCAGCAAUCUGUGACUCCAGUCAAGAGUGCGUGAAAGCCCUGUUGGGAGAGCAAAUAACUCCCAUACCUGAAGAGGAGUUACUUCGAACUCCCAGCGCACCUGCAGUCGAUACCCUUUUACAAACAAUGACUGUUCAAAAACCCCACUGGCCCUGCAUUAAAAGGUCUUUGGUUUCUUGUUCUGCAGUGGAGGCUGCUGCAACUUCGAUGGAAGGCAAGAUUUUAUUGAGAGAACGGGUCGAAUCGGAAACCGUAACUGCUAACAUGGCGUCGUUGUCCAUGCAUAAUGCUCGUCGACCCAGUGAAGCCACGACUAGGUCCAACGACAGUGAAAGUUCCGAUGUUUCAGCUUCCAUAAAUUCGUCUUCGAAAGUGACAGGUCGCCGAUCUUCCGACAUGAACAUGAAUGAAGAUAAUACAAAUGAACAACGGGUGAGAGGGGACAGCGAGGAGCCCAUGGAACAAGAACAAUGAGCUCCCAAUGUAAUCAACUCAUGAACUUGGUCGCGUCAUAUUGGUAAGAAAUUAUACACAAAGCUUCCGGAUCCGAAUCUGAGACACACAAAAAAGUACUACUACAGCGACCAUACGAGUCUAUAACAAAAUUCUUGUUUUGUUUUUACAAUCCUACGAAUUAGAGUGAAACACUGUUUCGUGACCAAUACUCCAAGUCGAAAUACAAUUAUUUUAAUAGGUAUAGAAUGCGCUGGAUCGCAACAGUUUUGUCCGGGACAUGCAUUUUUUGUUACGUGCAACAUGCCUCCAAAAAUAAACAAUUGAUCGAGUCUCGUAGAACCAGACAUUUUAUUUACUCUUGUUAAAAAUGAUCCAGAUUGUUUCACAGAGAUUUCUAAUACAAAAUCAAAUAUAGUUUGAAUCUGAAAUUGGUUAUCUAAAGUGUUGCAUACAUUUACAUAUAUCCUCUAAAAUUCAACUAGUCUUGUUCGUUUGUUAAAUUUCUUUGCACGUUUAUGUAUCUUCGCAACUCGUUAAAUACAUUCCCGUCACGAAUCGACUAGCACAGGGUCGGCUAUGUACGACUUCGUAUAUUUACAUAUAUAUGCAUAUUAUGUAAUACAGGAUGUUUACAGAUUUUGUAGAAAGACAAUUACAUGGAUUACUUGUGAUCCAAUUUGCGCCAAAUUUGGCAAACAUGAUCUCGAAGGUCACGACCACAUCUGCCAAAAGUUUCAAAUUUCUAUCUUCAAAGUUGGCCCCCAAAAGUUAGCCCAAAGUGGACGAACCGUAAAAGCGGUUUCCGAAGCUAAUUUGGCCGCGAAGAGUGCCCAAACGAUUAUCCAAAAAUCUGAAACCUAUCUUAUCGUGUCCCUCACAUAUAAUUGUAUUGAUUUUGUAAUAAAACGAUGGUAAUUAGUUUCAUCCGACCAAGGUAUACCACGAAAUGCAUACCCCUCAAAACGAUGAAUUCUGCCACCCUGAAGAACAUUGACCACCACGAUGUCAAUCAGAAUCCUAUAACCAAAAAACAGGUCACAAUGCAAUCCCAGAUGUCUCCUGGACACGUUAAUAGCAUUUUAUGACACAAUUUUAAAAAAUCUGUGCAGAGGAAGGCGAAAGUCCGCGCACUUAAAUUUGCCCAUAUUGUAAACAAAAAAACUAACAGUCAGAGGCUGUUUGAAGGUCAUGUUGGUAACAAAAAUUCCGAAUUUGUCGUCACAUUGACCUGGGCACUCGGCUACCUUCAAAACUAUAACAGGACAAAAAUAAUUUGCUGCAAAACGGACCGAAAGCAGAUUUCAAACCAUGGGUCUGAAAAGAAGGAAAAGUUGUCUGACUUAUUCCUGGUGGUAGAUGCAAUGAUGGACCGUGGAGUGCUAACGUUGGUAUCUGGUGCGUCUAAUGCAAAAAUAAACUCGAAGUACUUUAUGGACAAUGUUUUACAUAAGUUGUUCGAGGUCAAAAUUGCAAAGAAGCAUUUUGAAGAGCCUGACAAAGUUUGCAUCCAUCACGACGCGACAUUUUCAUAUACGGCCGAAAUUACCCAACCGGACAGCCAAGAUUUAAAGGAAAACCCCGGAAUGACCUCCACAUCUUUUUCCGGGGUACAUAUUAAGUAACAUGACAGCAGUCCGAUGGAUUUUUUGAGGCUUGGGUGCCUAGAACAAAGUAUUUUCAAUGACAGAGAUAAAAAAUGUCUGCUGCUUGGAAAACUCUUUCACCGAUUCCUCUACUUUGAGGUCACUUUUUGAGCUCAUUUUUAAAGAUAAAAAUUUGAAACUAGGUACAUGUGUGACCGUGAUCUUGAGGAUUACGUGUUCGAAAUUUGGGGCCAAAGAGGAAUAUAGGUUCCCAGUUUACCCAUAAAUUUGUCUUUCCACAAAAUCUGUAAACACCCUCUGUACGUAGUAGAUGUGUUUAAUUAUAAAUGCAUAAUACAUGUACCACAUUAUUAGUACUUAUGUAAGUACGUAUGUUUGUCGCCAAUGAAGAGUUUUUUAUGUUAACAAUGUCAGAAUGAGUGCUAUGCAAACCUCAUAUUCACAAACGAUAACAAAGUAAUAGUUCUUGUAUGGUUCGUUUCGAAUCUUUUUUUUUUACACAACGCAUGACAAUUUGUUAAACUUUUAUGUAUUUCAGGAAUCCGAGUUUUUUAAGACUAUGUUUCAGAGUAACCCACAAUUUGCUUUCUCAUUUUAACAUUUGGAAAUUGAUAAAAUUGUGUAACAAGAAAAUUAUGCAAAAAAUACAUAUAUAUAUAUAUAUAUAUUUAGCCAAUAGUUUAUGUAAUAUACAUAAUAAUGUCAAAUUCCACUAAUGGAAUUAUCUCAAAGUUUUUUGGUAAACCGUGCGUACCUGUGUGCAUGUGGUCAAAACUGAAACAUUCAAAAAGAAGAAUGUGUAACAAAUAUUUUUAAAAUUUUAUGUAUAGCUUUACAACAUAUUAUGUAACAACUCAGUCAGCACAAUUUGUUGUUGAUUGACAAAGUGUACACGACUUGAACGGAAUGAAUAUUUUAUCGUAUAAUAUAAUUACAAAAAAUGUCAAAAUCUUUGUACUCUUUUCAAUUUAAACCGUAUUUACAAGGCGGGUUUUAGUUAACAUUUUACUGAUUUAAUUAAUUGUUAAAUAAUAUUUUAUUAAUUAGCUUAUACACAGUUACUUGAUCAUCAUCUUAAAAUUAUUCUGUAUCCAUUUCUAUAAUUAUUCUUAGCUUAUAUAGCACAGUCAAGUUUUGUAACUUACGAAUUCUAGUCAGAUUUAUUUUCCACAUAUUGAUGUCCGUAUUAUUAUUACUCUUAUUUAGUUGCUGGUGUGAGCAUGACGCUAUGUAAGCUUCCUUCCGGCCACUUCCGGGCGGCAGUGUUUAUUUUCUUGAACAACAAUUAAAAAACAAUUCUGUUUGUCCAAAAAGUA